GACAAGAAUGGUAGUUGGCGUUGGGUCCAAAAAUAUUACUGGGAGUUUCAUUGAGGUUGUUGAGCGGCAGGGUUGGAAAGGGCUGUGGGCUGGUAACACAAUCAACAUGCUCCGCAUAAUACCUACACAAGCGAUUGAGCUUGGAACAUUUGAGCAUGUCAAGCGAUCAAUGACAUCGGCCCAGGAGAAAUGGAAUCAGAUUGAUUGCCCGCAAGUGCAAAUUGGUCCUGUAAAUUUGAAAUUUUCUCUUUCCUGGCUCUCUCCAGUUGCAGUGGCAGGUGCAGCUGCUGGAGUUGCUAGCACGCUUGCUUGCCAUCCUCUUGAAGUUUUAAAGGACCGGUUGACUAUAAGUCCCGAGGCUUAUCCUUCUAUAGGCAUUGCAAUUAGCAAGAUUUACAAGGAUGGUGGGUUAGGUGGUUUCUAUGCCGGUAUUUCGCCUACAUUGAUUGGCAUGCUUCCCUACAGCACAUGUUAUUAUUUCAUGUACGAGAAGAUGAAGAAAUCUUACUGCUUAGCAAAGAGAAAAAAGUCUUUAAGCCGUGCAGAGAUGCUCCUGGUCGGAGCUCUCUCAGGUUUUACAGCUAGCACAAUUAGUUUUCCGUUGGAGGUGGCCAGGAAACGGCUCAUGGUGGGAGCUCUGCAAGGUAAAUGUCCACCACACAUGGCAGCAGCACUGGCAGAAGUCAUUAGAGAGCAAGGUUUGAUGGGACUUUACAGAGGUUGGGGUGCUAGUUGUUUAAAAGUCAUGCCCUCCUCAGGCAUCACCUGGAUGUUUUAUGAAGCUUGGAAAGAUAUAUUACUAGUUGAGAGGCGCUACCUAUAACAAAUUCCUAUAACAGAUUCAUGCAAUAUCUGAUUAUUGGCCACUUAUUCUGCGGACAGAUUAGAGCCAGGCUUUGACUUGCGCUCGAAUCAGUAGUAUUCCGAAACUGUUGUGUUUGGUGGUGAGGACAGUCUGUUUGCUUUUGGUCUUUUAUCAGAAUUUUUUAUGCAAGCUUCAAAUUUUGAUCAUUAUGACCAGUAAAAUUCAUGUUUGAGAAGAAGGUAUGUGCUUUUUUAUCCAUUACAAGAGGUGUGGACGGUUUAUACAGACCCUACCUCUAUCAAUUUUAUAGGUGAUCUUUUAACAUUUUUUUUAUCUUGUUUGAAGUGGGUUUUUGAUGCUCAAUGCGCUGCUACUAUAACCAAUUUGUUCAUUUUCUUCCUUGGUAGAGGUGAGAAGGAAUGAUGUACUUUUCCAUUGUAACUUUGUAAGAGGUUUGUCAGAAAAGAAUUUAUUGUUUAAACA